AUGGGACUACUUACUAUUCUGAAGAAGGUCAAGGAAAAAGAGAAGGAAAUUCGUGUCCUCAUGCUGGGACUAGAUAAUGCUGGCAAAACGACUAUCUUAAAGAAGUUUAUGGGCCAAAACAUCAAUGAGAUUUCUCCGACACUGGGUUUUGAUAUACAGACACUCGAGUACAAAAACUUUAAGCUGAAUGUUUGGGACGUGGGAGGACAGCAAACAAUACGAUCGUACUGGAGGAACUACUUUGAACAGACGGAUGCCCUAGUGUGGGUGGUGGAUAGUGCUGACAGACGAAGACUUGAAGACUGCAAGCGUGAGCUAACAAACUUGCUUACUCAAGAGAGACUUGCAGGAGCUACUCUGCUGAUUUUUGCCAACAAGCAGGAUCUACCAAGUGCCCUUAGUUCAGCAGAAAUUGCAGACGCGUUGGGGCUACGGUCAGCUCAAUUUUCCACUCGACAUUGGAGUAUUCUUUCCUGUAGUGCCAUUACUGGUGAUGGCCUUGUUGACGGUAUUGACUGGCUUGUAAAUGAUGUAGCAAGCCGCAUCUUUCUCUUGGAAUGA